GCGAAGACAUCAACGACGACCGGUACUCCACUUGACCCCGUCACACCUUUACAAUGUCGACAUCAAAAGUCAAAACCGGCCAACUCUGGUCCAAGAGCAAGACCGAUCUGGCAAAGCAACUGGGAGAGUUGAAGACCGAGCUGGGUCAACUUCGUACACAAAAGAUUGCAGGAGGAUCAGCAUCGAAGCUCACAAAGAUCCAUGAUAUCCGAAAGUCCAUCGCCAAGGUCCUCACAGUCAUCAACGCCAACCAACGAGCACAACUCCGCCUCUUCUACAAGAACAAGAAAUACCUCCCCCUCGACCUCCGACCGAAGCAGACCCGUGCCAUCCGAAGACGCCUGAGCAAGCACGAGAGCGAGAAGGCCUUGUUGAAGACGAAGAAGCGGGCGACUCACUUUCCCCAGCGGAAAUAUGCCAUCAAGGCUGAGGCUUAGAUGAUGUGGCGCGGAAUGAGUUGAUUUCUGGCAUGGAUUCUUUGCAGUCGGUCUUGAUUUUAAAGGGUCAUGGUGUAUCAUCGAAAAUAGCAUGGCUGGCAUGGAGUCAUCCCAAAUAAAUCACGACAUUGAGCAA